AUGAGCUCCGAUUCGUCGGCGGUUACAGACGGCGGCGAACAAGCCGUUUCCUCCGCGGGAACGAGCGCUGGGCCAUCACCGGCUUACGACAAACAGAAGGAGAAGGCGCGUGUGAGUAGAACGUCUCUGAUCCUGUGGCACGCGCACCAGAACGACGCGGCUGCGGUUCGGAAGCUCCUUGAGGAAGAUCCGUCUCUUGUUCACGCUAGAGACUAUGAUAAGAGGACUCCGUUACACGUGGCGUCGCUUCAUGGGUGGAUCGAUGUUGUUAAUUGUCUGCUCGAGUUUGGUGCUGAUGUAAACGCUCAGGAUAGGUGGAAGAACACUCCUCUGGCUGAUGCGGAAGGAGCUAGGAAGCAGAAAAUGAUUGAGCUGCUGAAGUCUCAUGGCGGUUCAUCUUAUGGUCAAAACGGGAGUCAUUUUGAACCAAAACCUGUGCAACCGCCAAUUCCAAAGAAAUGUGACUGGGAAAUUGAACCUGCUGAGCUUGAUUUCUCUAAUGCCGCCAUGAUUGGAAAGGGUUCCUUUGGUGAGAUUGUGAAAGCUUAUUGGAGAGGAACACCAGUAGCUGUGAAACGUAUUCUUCCGUCUCUGUCAGAUGAUAGACUGGUUAUUCAAGACUUCAGGCAUGAGGUUGAUUUGCUAGUUAAGCUUCGUCAUCCGAAUAUAGUCCAAUUCUUAGGAGCUGUAACCGAAAGAAAACCCCUUAUGUUAAUCACUGAAUACUUACGCGGGGGAGAUCUUCAUCAAUACCUCAAGGAAAAGGGUGGUCUUACUCCAGCAACUGCUGUCAACUUUGCGUUGGAUAUCGCAAGAGGAAUGACAUAUCUUCACAAUGAGCCUAAUGUUAUCAUUCACCGAGAUCUUAAACCAAGGAACGUUCUUCUGGUUAACUCCAGUGCAGACCACUUGAAAGUUGGAGACUUUGGUCUUAGUAAGCUCAUAAAGGUUCAAAACUCUCAUGAUGUCUACAAAAUGACUGGCGAAACCGGAAGCUACCGGUAUAUGGCUCCUGAAGUAUUCAAGCAUAGAAAAUACGACAAGAAAGUCGAUGUCUUCUCCUUUGCAAUGAUUCUCUACGAGAUGCUUGAAGGAGAGCCACCGUUUGCGAACCAUGAGCCAUAUGAAGCAGCUAAACAUGUAUCAGAUGGACACAGACCUAGUUUCCGUUCCAAAGGAUGCACACCAGAUCUAAGAGAGUUAAUAGUGAAAUGCUGGGAAGCAGACAUGAACCAGAGACCAUCGUUUCUAGACAUCCUCAAGAGACUCGAAAAGAUAAAGGAAACUCUACCAUCAGAUCACCACUGGGGCUUAUUCACUUCAUAA